UCCAUGGUAACAAAAUAAGCAAAGCAGGUUUUCCCGUAAGAUCUGCGUUCCAGGUGAAAAUUUAAAAUUCAAAAAGCGUUUUGACAUGGAGUCAGAUUAUCUGGGGCCUUGUGAAGAAGAAUUUAAGCGGUACCUUCUAAUUGCUAAAUGCUUUGUUGAACGACUGAAGAAAAGUAGAGACAGGCAGAUCUGUGUUCACUGGAUCCGAAGACUUUUGGCAUUGACACCUUGUAAUGAUUUAGCUGUUGGACAAAAUCGAAAUCUUUUCUUCCGGUACUUGAUAAAGGUCAUACAAGAGGCAGUUCUGGAAGACAUGAUACAAAAUGAUCCAGGUCACAUGCUCCAUCAUUUCACACACAUGACCAUGUCCAUUCAGGAUCUGCCAAUGGUUCAAGAUCCAUCUUGGCUUGACAAAGAACUUUGUACUCCUGUGAUUCAAGAAAAGAUAGCUGAGGGUGAGGCAGAGGCCCCUUAUUUUGCUCACUGGACUGAUGACCAAAAAACAUACAUAGCUGCAAAGGCCUUACCAGGUAAAGGAGCAUUAGUGUACAUGGCAGUAUCUACAGACCCAUCACUUGGCUGGAACAAUCUGGUCUAGUAAUAGUUUUGGUCCAAUUAAAAAGUAAUUACAAGCAAAAAAUAAAUCC